AUGACGGCGACGACCGCGCUGACCGUGCAGAACACGCUCGGCGUCACGGGCGUGCACGUGGUGCCGGCCGAGUUCGUCGGGCGGCAGGUGGACGCCGUGGCGGGGGACAUUGGCGUGGACGUGGUCAAGACGGGCAUGCUCGGGUCCGCGGAGACCAUCGACGUCCUGGCCGACAUGAUUGACAAGCACAGGCUCACCACCGUCGUCGUCGACCCGGUCAUGGUGUCCACGUCCGGCGCGGAACUCCUCCCCCGCGACGCCGUUCGGCACCUCGUCGCGCGUCUCCUCCCGCGCGCCACGCUGCUAACGCCCAACGUCCCCGAAGCCAGGCUGCUGCUGACCGAGACCGGCCCGCACGGUGACGUCGGGGAGGAGGGGGUCCGCGGCGUGGAGGACCUGGAGCGGCUGGCGGGGAGGAUCCGCGCGGAGCUCGGGCCCCGCUGGGUGCUGCUCAAGGGCGGCCACGUGCCGCUGCGCGCCGCCGACCUAACCGCCGCCGCCGCCGCCUCCGACGAGGAGGAGGAGGAGGAGGGGGAUUUGGUGGUGGUGGACGUGCUGGUCGGGCCGGAGGGGGCGACGGAGCGCGUGCAGAGCGCGUUCCAGAGGAGCACGAGCACCCACGGCACGGGGUGCUCGCUGGCCUCGGCCAUUGCGGCGAACCUCUCUCGGGGCAACGACGUGCCCGCGGCGGUGCGCGCGGCGUGCCGGUACGUCGCGGCCGGCAUCCGGGCGGCGCCGGGGCUGGGCGCGGGUCACGGGCCGCUGAACCACUUCCACUCCUCCUACGCGCUGCCCUUUUCGCCGGGCUACUUUGUCGAGUACCUCCUCGAGAGACCCGACGUCAGGCCCGUGUGGGACGAGUUCCUGCACCACCCGUUCGUCAUGGCCCUGGGCGACGGCACGCUGCCGCUCGAGUCCUUCAAGGGGUACAUCAUCCAGGAUUACCUGUACCUGGUGCACUUUGCGCGCGCCAACGCCCUGGCGGCGUACAAGACAAAGAACAUCAGCGACAUUCAACGAUCCGAGGACUGGCUCGCGCUGCAGCUCGCCCUCGCCCCGUGCCUGCUCGGCUACGGCGCCGUCGCGCAGAUGCUCGCCGCGCACCCUAGCACCGUCCGUCAGGACACAAACACGUACUGGCCGUGGAUCGAGAACUAUGGUGCGGCAGACUACGUCGAGGCUGUGCGUCUCGGCUCCGAUCUCAUCGAGCGAAACAUUCGCCAGUGUUCGCCAGCCAGGAUAGAAGAGCUGGUCAAGAUCUUUAUCCACGGAACCAGGAUGGAAAUCGGGUUUUGGGAAAUGUUUCCCUUCAAAUAA